AUGGGCGAAAUGGGCUUACUCGGCGUGCCGUACAAGGAUUACGGAUGUCCAGGCUCAUCGUAUGUUGGUUAUGGAUUACUGGCUAAAGAAGUAGAAGCGGUGGACAGUGGCUAUCGGUCAGCAAUGAGUGUGCAAACCAGCCUUGUCAUCGGACCAAUUCACGACUACGGUUAUAGCUGCUGCUUAUAUUUUUCACAAAACCUGCAAUUUUUUAUGACUGCUGUAGUGAUGAUCGCUGAGGGGAUGAAAAGAAUUAACACUUCUUCGAUCCUAUAUAUUUGA